AUGGUGGAAGUAAUAAUUGAACUUUCAUCAGAACUUCUUCAUGAUGGUAAAACAGUAACAUUCAGGAAAGAAGAUCCUCAUAUAAUUAUUGCUAAUUUUCCUUAUCAUCGUCGAUCAAAAUCUGAAUCAGAUAAAAAUAAAAUAAAUAGAUUUUAUCUUAUUGUCAAUUCCAAAGCAGAUUCAUUUUCGUUAAAUCUUAGACAACAAAUACCGAUAGUUCAACAAUUGAUUAAAUAA